UGUGCAGUACAUGGUCGUGAUAAUGUAAACAUUGUGGCAUGAUUUCAGUCAGAGGCCGUUUUCCCAUGCCGGAACAGUAAGGUUUAUGAGGAUCUGUAGACGAAAUUCGUGUGUUUGUUACUUUACUGUUAAACUUAUUCCGCCAAGACUACUAUGAUGAAGGGUUUUGCCCCAGAUUCAAAUUUUGAGUCAGAUUCUGACGAAGAGAUACAAGAGGCAUUAGCAGCUGGUAAAAUCCAGCCUGGCCUGAUAGUGGAAGCUCAGAAAAAAAAUUUCAUCGACAAUAAGGAGGGCUUGAGUGACAAAAUACGAGAAUUUUCCCUUGACAAAAUGAAAUGGAUAGAGAGAUUGGAGUUGACAAACAACCCUGCACCAUCCAUCGAUGCACUUACCAGUGAGGGAAAUGAAGACGACGACUUCAACAGGGAGAUGAGAUUCUAUCGCCAGGCUCAAGCCUCAGUGCUUGAAGGCCUUGCCAGAUUGGCCAAACUGUCGGUGCCGACCAAGAGACCCGAGGACUAUUUCGCCGAGAUGGCCAAGUCGGACGAGCACAUGAAGAAAGUUCGCUCCAAGCUGCUUGAGAAGAAGAUGUCCAUGGAAAGGUCAGAGAAGGCGAAGAAGCUCAGAGAAUUGAGGAAAUAUGGCAAGAAGGUUCAACACGAGGUUCUCCUCAAGAGACAGAAGGAGAAGAGGGAGAUGCUGGACUCUGUGAAGAAAUUCCGAAAAGGUCAGAUUGACAAGAUCGAGCUGCUGGGAGAGACUGUGGAGAGAGAGACACCAGCACAGCAGACGCAGAACGGCAAGAAAAACAUGAGGCCCAACAAGAAGCGAGAGUUCAAAAACAAAAAGUUUGGUUUUGGCGGUCAGAAGAAAAGGUCCAAGUACAACACAGCAGAGAGCUCAGCGGAUGUGAGCGAUUUCAACGCACGCAAAGCUCAUGGCAAGGGACCCGCUAGAAAGGGUAAAGGAAACCAAAGGCCAGGCAAGAACCGACGAAAGGUGCUCAAGAAUAAAAAUAAACACUAAUCUCUUCACA